AUGGCUCCAGCUGCUACUUCCCAAAAGAUCUCAGAAAAGGACGACUUAGAUGCUACCAUCAAGAAGUUGGCUUCCUUGAAGCCAAUCGGUCACUCCAGUUACACUGGUGAGAUCAAGUCUGGUUACUCUGGUUCUUGGGCCGAAAAGCUUCCAGAAACUACAAAGGCUAGAUACGCUAGACAUGGUGUUGACAUUUCCAAGGGUUACCCUUACGUCCCUGAAGUUGACAAGAUUCCUAAGUUUGUCAACGAAGCUUAUGCUAUUAGAAACGAAGUGUACCCAUAUGUCGAGAGAGGUGCCAAAGCUGAUCCAGAAAAGAAGGCAUUAUUCGGUGCUGCCAAGGAAGUAAUCAACUUGACCAAGCAUCUCGGUACUGAGAUUGUUGGUUUGCAAUUGAGCGACUUGAAUGACCAACAAAAGGACGAAUUGGCUUUAUUGGUAGCUGAAAGAGUUGUCGUUUUCUUCAGAGACCAAGACUUGUCUCCCCAGAAGCAAUUGGAAUUGGGCCAUUACUGGGGCCAAGUUGAAGUUCAUCCACAAGUUCCUCGUAUAAGUGAAGAAUUCAACGGUGUCUCCGUGAUCUGGCAAGAUUACUACCGUGCCAAGUAUGGUUUGCACCUUAGUUUCAAGAAGGCUAUUGGUGGUAAUGCGCAAUGGCACACUGAUUUGGUUCACGAGCUUCAGCCAGCUGGUAUCACGCACUUGCACAACGAUGCUAUUCCAUCUGUUGGCGGUGACACUUUAUGGGCUUCAGGUUAUGCUGCUUACGAUAAGUUGUCUCCAGCCUUCCAGAAGUUCUUGGACGGCAAGACUGCCAUCUACAGAUCGGCCCAUCAAUAUGUUGACCCAGAAAACCCAUUGAAGGGUCCUAAGUAUGUUGAAAGAGAACACCCUAUUGUUAGAACUCAUCCUGCUACUGGAUGGAAGUUCUUGUUCGUCAACCGUUCCAUGACUGUCAGAAUUGUCGGCUUAGAGCCAGAAGAGUCUAAGACUAUUUUGGAAUACUUGUUUAGCGUCUACGAGAAGAACUUGGAUAUCCAGGUCAGAUUCAACUGGAGACCAACCAAGGAAGGCUUGGGUACUUCUGCUAUUUGGGACAACAGAGCUUCGCAGCACUUCGCUGUCUGGGACCACGAAGGCAAAGAAAACAGACACGGCACCAGAGUCACUUCUUUGGCCGAAAUUCCAUUCUUUGACGAAAACUCAAAGUCUCAGAGAGAAGCCUUGGGCUUAUCGUUGGAUUAG